UAUGCAUGUGGUCACUGAUGUCACACACUUGUUUUUUCUGGAAAUUACUAUCAAGUAAGUAUAAGUAUGCCCGAUGUAUACAAUAGAGGUUGUUCUCUUGAUAAACUUGGAUGCACAAACGUAUAUACGCACAAACUAUAGCUCAAUUUCAAGGAUUCGAAUAUCAAUAUUUUUCUCGUAUGUUUUUAUGUCAAGUCAAGCCUCUCCCUAUCUUAUUGCUUACGUGCGUAUAAAAUAUAUAUAUAUAUACUGAAACCUAUAUAUAGGUUUGAAUAAACUUUAUAAUAUGCAAGUAACUAUUUAUAAGUGGGUUGAGCGAAUAAUUAAUUACUAAAUCAGUAUGUGCUACUGUAUCAAAAAGUAAUGAACUAAAAUAAUUUCUCUGUAUCGCAUUAUCACCAUUUCAAUUCUCUUAUUGGCACGCAAUAUAUUUAUAAUAACAGCAAAUACCUUUUCUUGCCUGAAAAACUAAAAGACCAAGAUAUUUUUACUAUGAAAUAUCAGUGUCCUUUUAAUAAUAAUAUUUAAAAGCAGUGGAUAGAAAAAAGACAACAAAAACAAUCGAAUUUGUUACAAUAUUAACAAUAAAGUUAUCACUGACGGGUAUUAUUGAUAGGACGCGUUCGAACUAUAGAUUCCACAGUGUACAGUAUACGAGAAAACUCCUAUUCUAUACAGGAUAGAUACACACCAUUACAUAACGCCAAUGGGAAAUUUAUGCUAAUUCAAUUGGUAUGCCAUAACAUUGCCAACAUAUAAGUGCCAUACAUUCUACGCACACUGCAUAUGCUGGAUAGUUCGCGAUUCGUAAAAAAUCGAACAAGUAUUAUAGAAAGGAUACCUAAGUAUAACCAAUCUCACACCUGCACAGGAGGGCGUUACGCAAUAUGCAUCCAUUAAAAUCGUCAAAAAAUCGAAUUGAAUAAACGGCGCAAUCAGCCCGGCGAUUAUGAAUCUUUUCCGAAAAUAUUUGCCAAUUAAAUUAACAACAACCGAAACAGGAUGUCGAGACGCGCGAGAGAGAGAGAAAAAAAUGCGGACAACGAAUGAAAAACAAUGAAGGAGCCGCGCUGAUCCGUUGCAAAAUAAUAAGAACACACGUCGUUAGCCCGGCUGUUUAUAAUUGUUUACGGUACAUGUAUUGGCACAGCUUAAACAAGGCAGAAGCCGCGAAAAAGUGUGUUUUCGAUGUCCGUGCGCUACCUAUUGUGAAAACUCGCUGACCAAUCAGGACGUUCCAGCGGAGAGUCGCGAGCACUGCGCAAUCUCCGGGCACAUAUAUAUCCCCGAGAGCGCGUGUGAGUAUAUUAUAGAGUCUGCUCCGACGUCGACGCGCUCUCCGGCACUUGCUCGCCAGCGAACAACGAGGAUCGACUUGCUUACCCCCCGACUCGCUGCCUUUUUUUUUCUUACAUCCCCGUAGUAAUCGAUCAUAGCACUGCUCAUCAUGAGGAGCCUAGCUCUCGUUCUGUGCCUCGUCGUCGUCGUCUCCUGCUCCGGAUCCGGUGCCGAGGAGGCCAAGAAAGGACCUAAAGUCACCGACAAGGUAUGGUUCGACAUCGAGAUCGGCGGCGAGAAGGCCGGUCGUGUUGAGAUCGGACUCUUCGGCAAGACUGUGCCCAAGACCGUGAAGAACUUUGUUGAGCUGGCGAAGAAACCCGCCGGCGAGGGAUACAAAGGCAGCAAGUUCCACCGUGUCAUCCGUGACUUCAUGAUCCAGGGUGGCGACUUCACCAAGGGUGACGGAACUGGAGGAAGAAGCAUCUACGGUGACCGCUUCGAAGACGAGAACUUCAAGCUGAACCAUUAUGGAGCUGGUUGGCUCUCGAUGGCCAAUGCUGGCAAAGACACCAACGGCUCUCAGUUCUUCAUCACCACCAAGCAGACCCCUUGGCUCGAUGGUAGACACGUUGUGUUCGGAAAGAUCAUUAAGGGAAUGGAUGUAGUUAGGAAAGUUGAAGCUUCAAAGACUGACAGCAGAGACAAGCCCGCUAAGGACGUUGUUAUUGCAGACUGUGGUGCAGAGACUGUGCCUGAGCCAUUCAGCGUUUCUAAAGACGACGCUACUGAAUAAACCUGCCAAUUUCCUCUUUUAUAGUGUUAAUUUUUUAUAACUGCGCGCACAACGUAUUUCCUUUUUAAAAUUAAUGAAAUUAAUUGAAUGAGGAAUAAAGAAAUUUAUUUACUAAGAAAAA